AUGGUUUCUCGAAAUCAACGGUCUAGCUGCCAGGUGAAAAAGAAAGAUGCGGCUGGUAGCUUUCAAGCGGCGUUCCCUCUUGCAGCGCAGCAAGUGAAUUCUCAACGGGAGCUGGAGGAGUUGCAGAAGCUCGCUGGUAAUGCGAUGCAUGUCCGCUCUGUCCUCACCGCGAUCUUGAUUGUCUUGAAGAGCAUGGACCCUAUCUUGAUGAUGCAGUACUUGAAGCGCUGA